CCAGGUCACAUGAUUCACAUUGGUGGAACCAAGAACAGGAACAAGUUAUUAUAUUCUUUCUUUGCCUUGAGUUGGUCCCCUACUGCUGAUCUACCAAAAUGUUACUCCUUUUUGUGGUUUCUUUACUGGUCAUCGGCAGCAGAGCAGAAGAUAAAGAGAUCGGCCUCCCCAGACUGACAGACAUCUCUGCGGCGGAAACCUUCAUCGACUCGGCUGAAGUUGUCAUCAUCGGGUUCUUUGAGGCUGAUGGAGGGACUGGCUAUAAUGAGUUCCUGGCUGCUGUUGAAGAGGUGAAGUCCCUUCCAGCUGCUCUGUGCAGUGAGAAGGAGGUGUGGGCUAAAUACAGCAUUGAGUCAGACACCAUCUCCGUCUUCAGGAAGGCAGAUUUAAAUCAGCAGAACCUCGAUCCAGCAAAAGUGCAAAAUCUAGACAAGGACGGAUUUGUUCGUUUCUUCACCAUCAACAACGUCCGCUAUAUCACAGAGUACAAUCAAGUGUCUGCUGUGGGUCUGUUUCAGUCCAAAGUGAAGGUGCACCUUGUGCUCUUUGCCAACAGGGGGAGUGAUAAUUACAGCGAGUUGAAGGAGCGAGUCGGGGCUUUGGCUCCUCGCUACACCCAAAAGCUGCUGUUCGUGCUGAUAAACGGGAAAGAUCAAGGCAAUGCUCGUGCACUGGAAUACUUCAACCUGAAAUCGCUUGACCUUCCGCGUGUCGGCAUCUAUGACGGCGAAUCGGACAAAACGUGGCUCAUGGGACCGGGCGAGAUCUCUGAGGAGCGUGUGCAGAACUUCUGUGAUUCCUUCCUCAGUGGAGAGCUGCAGAAGGAAAAGGAGACUGAAGAACCUGAGGUGAAGUCUGAACUCUGAAUGUCACCAAACACACCUUCAUUAAAACUUUUUACAACA